AUGGGCUCUCGGCUGAGCCGGCAGAGCAGCCUGGAGGAGGAGAGCACCGAGGAGCCCUGCGCCGGCAGGCUGGAGGGCGGCCGGGGCGACUUCCACCUCUCCUCCCUGCUCCGCCACCCGCAGAAGCUGCCCGGGGUGCUGCGGAAAGCCUCGCCGGCGCCCUACGUGCGGCGGGUGGGGUGGCUGCGGGAGAUCCAGGCCACCAUCCGGGAGCACAAGCGGGAGCACGCCGUGCACAUCCUCAGGCUGCUUAGGAAGGACCUGGGACUGGAAGGAACGUUCCUCAAUGAAGUGCUCUACAAAAAUGCGACUUUCCUCAACUUGGUGGAUCCCAUCUCCCAUGACUUGCUGAUGAGCCUUGCUAGAGAUCUGCAGUGUCCCAAAAAGGAAUAUGACCCCUGGAAAUCCUCAGACAGGAUCUGCAGGCAGCUGAUUUACCACCUAACCCCCCACUCGAAAUGGCACCGGCACGGCAUGCCCCGGAGGAAGUCCCAAGUGUGCCUGAAGACCAGCCUGCAGAAGAAGGUGAGCCAGGACUCCAUGGAUUUGUCAGGGAUCCCCCUGACCAUGCGGGAUGUCCAUCGCAUGGCCUACUACCUGCAGAACAAUGGGGACCACCUCACCUCUGUGGACCUGAGCUUCACCGAGCUGAAUGAUGACAUGGUGCGCCUGCUGCUGCCCUUCCUCUGGGCACUACCCAAGCUCACUCACCUUUCCCUCAAUGGCAACCGACUGACGCGGGCAACCAUGAAGGAGCUGACUGACACCAUGAAGGACAUGAACAAGUUCCCUUGCCUGGCCUGGGUUGACCUCGGCAACAACGUGGACGUCUCCUCCAUGCCGCAGCCAUUGCUUGUGGGCCUGCGCAAGCGCCUCAGCCAGCAGACCACACUGCCUACCAUCUAUGAGGCGCUUGACUGCGACUCGGAGAUCUCCACCGGGCAUGAGGGCAGCCAGCCAGAGGACGAAGCAGCAGGAAGUACCCCGCCACGUGCUUUUUCUCAGCAAGGCUGCGAGAGGUGACUGGACAACAGGCUGGCACUGGCACACUGAAGCUGCCCCAAGGAGAAGUCUUGAGUACAAACAUCAAGCAGAGGGCCAGCUUUACCGGCUUCCUUUGGCUCUUUUCUCUCGCCUUCCCUGACAUCUCCCCCCCCACUUGCUGUGAGACAAAAGCCUGUCGUCCCCCCACAGCGUGCUCCGCUCCCUCCCCUCACUGCCAAACCCAUCGCCCACGUUCCAGAGAGGAACCAGUGACUUACAGUGAACCUGGUCCCCAGGCAGGGUCUCACUGGAAGACGGGAAAAGACCUGUCGGAGUCAAGAAUAUCCUCCAGCAGCCAUUGGGUUGAGGGAAAGGGAUGGGGGGGGAACCUAAAACAGAAACAGGCUUGUAGUUUACUUCCUUUCUUCCUUUUCCUAUGCACCUUGGAAACCUUGGGACCUGCAGCCUUGAGUGUGAAAGGAGGUACCCCAAGAGCCUAGCUGCUGUGGAGCUUAGUUGAAGGGCUCAGAGGCCAGAGCUGGAGCCCGGCAGUGUGUCUCCCUCUUGUGUCUGGCUCCUUUUGUUUUGUUUUUUUCCUAUUGUGUGUUUUGUAUUAAUGUCUGAACAAAGGGACUUGGUCAGAGACCAUUGGAUCGCAUAGGCUGGGGCGGACACAUGGCUUGGAACUGCAGCAUCAGGAUAUUUGCUGUGUG